CUCGUAGCUCUUGGACGAAGAUGAGUAACCAGACGAGGUUUGCUAAAUCAUGGCAACAUUUAUGGAAAGAUUAGCUUUUCUUCAAAAAGUGCCCACAUUGAUGAAGGCUACAGCAGAUGAUGAAACUCCCUGCCCUGGCUACCUUUUCCAAGAAAUUGGGAAAAUCUCCCAUGAGUCCUCAGGUUGUGGUCAGUGCUUGUUGGAGUACCUUCUGGAGCGGCUCCAGGUGGAGUCCUGUCACGUCAAACUGAAGGUGCUGAAGAUCUUCGUCCAUCUUUGUGGUCAUGGCUCCAACCAUUUCCUUACAGAACUCAGAAGAAACUCAACUUUCAUCCAGCAAGCAUCAGUGUACAGCGGCCCUCCUGACCCCGUCCACGGCACGGCGCUCUACCAGAAAGUGAGGAGCACAGCGCAGGAAGUGGCCCGGCUGCUUUUCACCGACGCAAUUUCUACCAAAAAUAGUGUCUCUGCUCCCAGCAUAGCUCCCGCAACAAUGGGAAUGGGCUCCGCCACGAUCCACAGGUCAGGAAUGCAGGGUUUUGGUUACAGUCCGGGAAAGCAGGUGACAGCAGGCGCCGACUCCAUACUGGACAAGAUCCAGAAGGCAGCCGAGGUGGUGGCGAGCGCCGUCCUUCCCCCGACCGAGCAGCAGGGCAUCCGUCUCCAUGACAACCACUACCGGGCCGUGGUGGCCCCUUCUGCUCCCAUCGAGGUGGCCGUCGCAGCGUGUGCCUAUAACCUGCCCGCCUGCAGACCCAAAGCGGCCAGGCGGAGUCCGGGGCAGGUGGGCGGCGGCUGGGAGGAGACCGACAGCGGGAACAGCUCCUCUCACAACUCCUCUCAGGACGUGGCCACCAACAGCAGGGCCUCGCUGGGCAGCAAGUCGGCCGGCACGGGGAGCCAAUCGGGGGCCAGCAGGGAGAGCAGCGGGGACCUAUCAGAGCGGGUGGAGGCUCUGCAGCUGGGCGACUGCGGCCAGGAGACGGCGCUCAUCAACAGACUGACCGAGGGCUGCAGAGUCUUCCUGUCCCGGGAGGAGAGCCAGCUCUUCAUCAAAGAGUGCUGCAUUCUGAACUGCGAGGUCGUGGUGGAGCUGCUCUCCAGCAAGCUGCAGGACCCCUCCUACACCGUGAAGAUGAGGGCCCUGUGCGCCGUCUCCUGCCUCAUCACCACUGACCUCCUCUCUCUGGAGCAGACGUUCGGAGCCACUCAGGCCCGGCUCCGCCAGCUGAGCGCGGGGCCCCCGGGGCCCGUGGCCAACAAGGCCACCAAGAUCCUGCGGCAGCUGGAGGCGCUGAUGGGCGGAUCCCAGCAGGACGCGGCGAGCGGCGGCCAUCCGGCGGCGGCCGGUGAGCUUCAAGAGGCCGAGCGCUCUGACGGUUCACCGCCGGGCUCCCCGUUCGGCGCCGGCUGCUCCGCACACGAGCCGGCCAAGAGCGGCGAGGAAGAGGACAGGGCGGCGGCCGCCGGCGGCUCUCCGCCCCCUCACGGCAGGCCGUCCCUCUUCAGCGGCAUGGAGCUGGUGACCAAGGCGAGGCCGCCGUGCCGGCAACACUCGCCUCACGCCGGUCGGAGCGAGCAGACGCCUGAACGCCAGGACACUCCGGCAGUCUGCCAUAACAGCAGCCAAACGGCGUCGGCCUUCUCCUUCCUCAACUUUUGACCGCCGGCGGACUUUUUUAGAACUGUGAAACUUUUAAACCAAUGAUGUCGUCGGGCCCGUCUCAUGCUCACAAAGCCUGGUUUGAGUUUUCCGGCCUCGGGCGCGCCGGGGCGCUUGUCCACAUCCUGUCUGGGGUUUUUCAGGGCGUUGAGCGUCUGGAUGACGCGGUGGAGGAGUCAUGAUGCUGCAUUGUUUCCAUGAUGCCCGACAGAAGCUUCUCUGUAUGAAUAACACAUGGAAAGUCAGAGAACUCUGCCGGGAUCAGUUUAAUCUGACCUGAUUUAAUAAAAAAAAAAAAAAAAAACAAUCAUAGCAGUGACAGCAUCAACUCUC